AGGCGGAAGGUGGAACUUCCUGUUCCGAUCCGGGUGAGGACGCUAGUGUGGGCUGGGAAACAACCAGGUGGUCGGCUUGGUUGAGCGCGUUGUCCGGAGAGGCUGCGCCUCAUCGCUGUGUAGGGACUUGUGGGCGGGAGGCCGCGCGCGUAAGUGGGACGGGGUGAAAACGGAGGCCGGAGCUGAGGGAGAAGAAGCGGCGAGAAGCAGCAGCAGCAGGAGGAGGCGACGACGACCGCCCGCUCGCCCUGCCGGAAACCAAAACGGAGGGGCCAUUGGCUGGGGGAUGGAAGCGGAGAAAAUGGAUGAGAAUGAAUGGCGAUACCACGGGGAAGGCAACAAGAGCCUCGUCGUCUCCCAUAGACAGCGUUGUGUGGUGCUACGUUUUUUGAAGUUUCCUCCAAAUCGAGACAAGACACCAGAAGAAAUCUUUCAACAUCUUCAGAACAUAGUAUACUUUGGCAAACACAUAAUGAAGCAGUUUUUUGGGGAGAAGUAUGUUCACCAUGGGGAGGUUGUGCAGCUGUCUUUGGACUUUCUGAAACAGCUUUGUUUAAAGAUCCAGUCAGAGAGGCCAGAGUCUCGCUGUGAUAAAGACAUGGAUGCUCUUAGUGGUUAUGCUAUGUGCCUUCCUAACCUUACUAGGCUACAUGUUGUUGAACAUCGACCAAUUCUUUGUGUAGAGAUUAAGCCCAAAUGUGGCUUCCUCCCUUUCUCCAGUCAUGUUUCACAGGAGAUAAAGCACAAAGUAUGUCGUUACUGCAUGCAUCAACAUCUAAAGGUAGCAAAAGGAAAGUGGAAACGGCAAAGUAAAUAUUGUCCUCUGGAUCUCUUCUCAGGAAAUAAACAGCGAAUGCACUUUGCCUUGAGAAGUCUGCUACAGGAAGCACAGAAUAACUUAAAAAUAUUUAAGAAUGGUGAACUUAUUUAUGGUUGUAAAGAUAAUGAGGACUCUCUCUCUGAUUUGAAUGAACUUGCUUGCCAUCUGAAGCCUUUUUUCUUUCCUUCAAAUGGCCUGGUCAAUGGAACUCAUUGUACACGAACAGUUCUGAAAGAAUUAAUCCAUGUAAUAACAAUGGCUCUACUGAGUAGCACAGAUGCCUGCAAAGCAGGUGAUAUGAAGACAGUUCCCUCCUCGCAAGGAAGGAGUUUCUGUGAAGCUAGUGCUUUCAGUAAAGAAAUAGCAAGAAAUGGCAAAAAUAAAAUUGAGACCCCUGGUUUGCCCAAAGAAUGUCUCCUCUACAAAACACUCCAGGCUCAGAUGCUGGAUAUGCUGGAUAUUGAGGGUGUAUAUCCUUUGUACAACAGAGUGGAGCAAUACUUGGAAGAGUUUCCCAAAGAGAGGAAUGUGUUACAGAUAGAUGGACCUUAUAAUGAAUCAUUCUAUGAGAAGCUACUAGAUAUCUCAACUGAAGAUGAUGGAACAGUAGCAUAUGCACUGACAAAGGUUCAGCAGUACAGAGUUGCAAUGACAGCAAAGGAUUGCUCCAUUAUGAUUGCCCUCUCACCUUGUCAGCAGGAUGAAUGUGCAGUGCAGAGGCCACUGAUUCUAACUUCUAAAUCAAGAUUCACCUUUUCCGUCUCCGUCUUGGACCUAGACCUUAAGCCAUAUGAAAGCAUUCACCAUCAGUACAAACUUGAUAGGAAGAUAGUAAACUUCUAUUUGAAGAACACACAGGCCAAAGACGACUCUGUGAUGUCAAAUCUCUUGAAAGAAAAUGAAGACUGCACACUACUUCUCCAUAAAAUGUAACUGGCUAAAUAUUUAUCAGACACAGAAUGGGAAUAAAUAAGUUAUGUUGGUUUUCUAUUAUUUUGUUGUGCUUUAAAUUUAUCUGCCUUUCAGAAACACAGAAUACCACUCAGACUACCUUGAAGGAAUGUAUUUAUGGUAAAAGAGUUAGACAGACAUAUGCACUCUACAACCCUUAGUAAACUGGUUGCUGGGAAAGUAGUUAAGUUUGAAUCAAAUGACUACUGUAUGAAGCAGAGAAGUGAGUAUCUUGAAUUUAAUUCUUCAAUGUAGGGAACCAGUGUUCCUAUGAGGUUUGCAGAUGUUUGCAAACAAUAGUAUGUGAAUUGCUGAAUAGCACUUGCUCAGAUUAAUUGUAAAAGUGAACCAGCUCCCAUUUAAAACAGUUCUUAAGCUGGAGAGUGGAUAUAUGGUGCUGCCUAGGUUUUCAGCUUGAAUCUUAAUAUUUUUCAGUCUUGUGACAAAAGAUGACAGUUUGGUUGUUUCCAAAAAUGGUAUUGUAGUGGCCAUUCUCAAAAAGUGAUUGGAAUACAUGCGAGUAAACUUACAAAACAAAGGAAACUUAAUGAUAUAGAGAAAAACAGCCUUAUCAAACUAAACUAGCUCUUCGUUACUCAAAUAGGUGUUGCUUUUAAAAGUUCACUAGAACAAUUUAAUUAUGAAGAAGCUCUUUCGAAUGGUUGUGUUAGCACAAUUAUAUUCAGCUGUUCCCCCCCCCCCGAUAUUCUUAACUC